AUAUCACGCUUAAGAUGCAAUUUAAUGACCAACAUUUCAACAUCAGACGACGGCAAUCAGACUUCACCGGAAUCCGAUAAAUCUGCAAUGGAACCUCUAGCCGAUCCAAAGAAAUUCGCCAAAUCGGUGUCAAUAGAUCCUGAGCCGGAUUCAUUGGAUAGUGUUCUAUCGAAUCCUCAUUCAUAUCCCAUAACGAUAAUACCAAAUCGUCCCACGACAUAUUAUGGCUUAACGAUGCACAAUGGUAAACCAUUUACAAGGCAGGCGAGUUGUAGAUCACGUAACUUCCGACCCGGCAGUAUGCGUAAAGUAAGACGACGUGCCGUAUUCAAAAAUGGCGAUUGUAAUGUCCUGCAGAAGAAUUUGACACGAAGACGUUUGCGAUUCCUGCAAGAUAUGUACACCACAUUGGUGGACACACAAUGGCGUUGGACACUGCUCGCGUUUGCAUUGUCAUUCAUAUUGUCGUGGUUAAUAUUUGCCGUACUGUGGUGGCUAAUCAUGUAUACACAUGGUGAUUUGGAGGAAUUGCAUUUGCCACACAAUCAGGAGGAAAGUGGCUGGGUACCUUGUGUCUCGGCCAUAAACGGUUUCACCUCAUGUUUCCUGUUCUCUAUUGAAACCCAACACACCAUUGGUUAUGGUGUACGUACCACAUCGGAGGAAUGUCCGGAGGCUAUAUUUAUGAUGUGUUUCCAAUCCAUUUAUGGUGUAAUGUCCUCAGCCUUUAUGGCUGGUAUUGUCUUUGCCAAGAUGACGCGUGCCAAACAGAGGGCGCAAACUUUGCUGUUCUCGAAAAAUGCCGUUAUUUGCCAAAGGGAUGGUUGUCUCAGCCUUAUGUUCCGUGUUGGUGAUAUGCGUAAAUCGCACAUCAUUGGUGCCAGUGUCCGUGCCCAAUUGAUACGCACUAAGACGACCAAGGAAGGAGAAGUGAUGACCCAACAUUUUACUGACUUGGAAAUUGGUGCCGAUGACUGCGGCUCGGAUAUCUUCUUUAUUUGGCCCAUGGUUAUUGAACACAAAAUCGAUGAGAAUUCACCGCUGUAUAAUUUGUCCGCUACCGAUAUUCUAAAUGAUAAAUUUGAAAUUGUCGUCAUAUUGGAGGGUACUGUGGAAUCUACCGGUCAGUCGACACAGGCCCGUUCCAGUUAUAUUAAUACUGAAAUUUUGUGGGGCCAUCGCUUUGAUCCUGUUGUUGUCUACAACAAGGAUCGCCAGGCAUAUGAAAUUGAUUACGGCCGUUUCAAUGAAACCACACAAGUGGAUACACCGUUGUGCAGUGCCCGAGAUUUAAAUGAAAUUUACAAAAUCCAGGAAGGUUUCACAACACCAGACAUUUGUAGACAAUUCUCACCAUCUCUUUCAGAUCGACAUAAAUCUCCACCAGUAAAUCCAUUGUGGUCAGCAAAACAACAGAAUGUUGUUUACAGAUGGCAACUGUCAAAUGAAGUCUAAACAAUAAA